CAUUAGAUCGAGCAAUUCCACAUCCGAGAAAAUGGGAGACACCGACGACAAGGUGAAGAGCGAAGCUCUCCAGAUAAUCGCCCAACACAGCCACAACUUACCUGCUCUCGUCGUCUUCGACCUCGACUACACUCUCUGGCCUUUCUACUGCGAAUACGAAGAAGACGACAUGCCGUAUCUCUACCCACAAGCCUUGCCCAUACUACACGCCCUCAAACAAAACGGAAUAUCUAUGGCCGUCGCUUCAAGAUCCCCUACUUCCGAUGUUGCCAAGUCUUUCCUUCAAACUCUGGGCAUCAGCUCCUUCUUUGUGACCCAGGAGAUAUUUUCGAGCUGGACUCAUAAAACAGAGCAUUUUCAGAGGAUCCAUGCAACUACUGGGGUGCCCUUUACCUCAAUGCUCUUCUUUGAUGAUGAGGAUAGGAAUAUUCAUGCGGUAUCGAAAAUGGGGGUGACGAGCAUUUUGGUUGGUAAUGGGGUGAACCUUGGAGCUUUGAGGCAGGGAUUGUCCGAGUUUGCGAGAAAGUCAGCUUCGUCUAGCAGGAGGGUUUAGGGAUAGUGUUCUCUCCAUUGCAGAUCAGUAAUGCUUAGUGCCAUCUUUAGUUACUGUGAUAUCAAUUCACACUAUGAGAUUGAUGUGUUAUCGUAGCUUUGAAAGUAUAGUUCAUAUCAAUUCAUACCAUGAGAUUGAAUGAGGUUGUGUGAGCAUCAUUUAUAGUACCUCAGAUACAUUUUGGUAAUUUUCAUUUAUAGUUCAUAUCGACAUACGCUUUGGAAGAAUUCAUUUGUGUGAUGUAAUUAUGCUGCAGAUUGUCCACUUUAAGAUUGUAAUUUAGUUUACAUUUGGGUCCAGCAGUUGUUU